CAGUGAAUAGCAUACAUUACCACCUUCUUUAAGUCUUAACACGAGGAUGAGAUUGAAUCGUUAAACUUUUAAGCUUCAACCAAACCAAACCAUUGUAGUUGUUGAUUCGAUUAGGUGAGUGUGCGAUUUGAAUGGAGGGAAGUGGAGGAGGUGGCAGUGCUUCGUCGCCGGUGAACCAAUAUUGGCACAACUUGUCCAAGCUCUAUCAACAUUAUCUCGAUAAAUCUACGCCUCACAGCGCUUACAGAUGGAUUGGGACCUUGGUAAUCGCAUGCAUCUAUGCUUUGCGGGUAAUUUACGUGCAAGGGUUUUACAUUGUCUCAUAUGGCCUCGGAAUCUACCUUCUCAAUCUCUUGAUUGGUUUUCUAUCCCCUUUGGUCGAUCCCCAACUCGAACCUUCCGAUGCCCCUUUGCUUCCAACCAAAGGCUCCGACGAGUUCAAACCCUUCAUUCGUCGCCUUCCCGAGUUUAAGUUCUGGUAUUCUUUCACGAAAGCUGUUUGCAUAGCGUUUGUGAUGACAUUUUUUUCUCUAUUUGAUGUUCCUGUGUUUUGGCCUAUAUUGCUCUGUUACUGGGUUGUUCUGUUUGUGCUUACCAUGAGGCGCCAAGUUGCACACAUGAUCAAAUAUAAAUAUAUCCCCUUCAACCUUGGAAAGCAGAAGUAUAGCGGCAAGAAAUCUUCUGCUGGUAGCAGUGGAUCACGAGCAGACUAAAACUUAGCUGUGUCAUGAUUUUAAGAACACAGAUCUACAUUGUUAGGUUUUGUGAACAUUCAGGCUAGUUAAUUUUUUCGCACUUUUUUUGAAAGAAUUUGUAUUCAGAGUAUUAUGGAUACCAGUAUGCACUGUGCUACUUGUUUUAUUAUACAUGAAGGCGUGCUAAGAUUGGCAGAGAACUUCAUGUAUUGAUUGGAUUUUCUUGUAAAUCUUUGCUUGUAUUGUGAUUUUGUGAUGCUGUAAUUUUUCCCUGCCUCUGUGCUGUCUUCAUUCUACCCCAAUAUUAUGGCAAAGUUCACC